UGUGUGGGUGCCCUUUCAGCAGCGCCAUGAAUGGAAAGGAUGAAUAGAAGCAGACCUGGACAGAGCUCCAAGGGCCCCUACGUGACGUUUUCUCCCUUUGCAACAGGGAAUCGUUGAAAGCUGUCCCUGGAGUGCACGCGGGGGCAGGUGGCAAUGUCUCACUGGGCUGGUGCCCCCCCCGCUGCUGCCAAGGUCGGCCUGCUGGUCUUGCUGGUUUCUGCGGUGUGCUCCCGGACAAGCCUAAGCGAGAGAGUUCCUGAAUUUGCCCUUACCAAAAUAGAAGAGAGCGACAUAAAAGAUGACAGCGGGGAAGAGCCAAUAGCAGACGAUGACGCUGAUCCCGAAGACCUGGAAGUGUUUUACCCCACACAUCAAUGGCAAACUCUCCGUCCAGGUCAGGCCGUUCCUGCAGGCUCGCACGUACGACUAAACCUGCAGACAGGAGACAGAGAAGCCCGGCUUCCAGACAGGGAAAAUGGAAAAAGUGACACGAGAGAAGAGAAAAGAAGAAGAAGGCUGGACAAGAUGGAUAUUGACUCAAAUUCAUUCACAUCCCAGGAGCUCAAAAAGGCAUUGGCUAAAAUGAAGGAAAGUGAGAAGGCGGAAAGAAUGGCCCACGAGGAAGAGGUGAGGAAGAAGUUCCGUCCCAUACAGCAGCUGAAGGAGGAGUUUGAAAAGCUGAACGUGAAGAUGGAGACAGAUUAUGAAAUCAUGGAUAAAUUAAUCAGCAAAUUCAACAGCUCUGCUUCCACACUGGAUGAAAAAGUAGCGGCGCUUUAUGAUCUCGAAUAUUAUGUACACCAGGUGGACAACGCGAAGGAUUUCCUCUCCAUGGGUGGACUCCAGCUCGUGAUCGAGGGCUUGAACAGCACGGAGGCUGUCCUGAAGGAGCACGCUGCCUUCGUCCUGGGAGCCGCGCUCUCCAGUAACCCCAAAGUCCAGAUAGAAGCGAUCGAGGGCGGGGCGCUGCAGAAGCUGCUGGUCAUUCUGGCCACGGAGCAACCCCAGGCUGUGAAGAAGAAGGCUCUCUUCGCGCUGUGCUCCAUGCUGAGGCACUUCCCCUACGCCCAGCAGCAGUUCCUCAAGCUGGGCGGCCUCCAGGUCCUGCGGGGCCUCUUCAGGCAGAAGGGGACGGAGGCGCUGCACGUCCGCGUGGUGACACUGCUCUACGACCUCAUCGUGGAGAAGAUGCUGCUCGAGGACUCGCAGCACGGCGACCAAACGGAGGAGAAAAUCCAGCAGUACCGGCAAGUCAAGCUGGUGCCGGCAGUGGUGGAGCAGGACUGGUGCCUGGUGGUCUCCAAGCUGCUGGCCCUGCCGGAGCACGACGCCCGGGAGAAGGUUCUCCAGCUGCUGGGCGUGCUGAUGGCCUUCUGCAGGGAGCGCUACCGCGGGGACCGGGCGCUCGGCGCCGCCCUCGGCCUCCUGCGCAGCGAGUACGAGGAGCUGGCGGCCGAGGAGCAGAGGGACGGCGACAAGGACGGCUACUUCAAGGAGCUCCUCGGCUCCGUCAACACCAUCAUCCAGGAGCUCGGAUGAAAGGCGCGGUCUCUGCAGUUGCGGUUCAGCUAAUUCAGGACGACGGCGCGGCGUUUGAUGGGCUCCUGUGUAAAGGCUCUUCUGAAUAAACUGCUGGGCUAACCGAGAUCCCACCCUGC